AUUGAAUUUGGUUUCUGCUUUUUGUCAAAUCCUUUACCACUUUCAUAUAGAAGUCUUUCAUUGAAAAAUUGCUGCAUUUUUUAUAUGAGCAGACAUCUCGCCUCUUUUCUAAGUAAGAUUUAUAAGCUAUCUGUACAAAAAUUAGAAUAUUCAGCUGUGUCAAGGCUACUAAAGAAUAUGGCGGAAGAUACCACGUGCAACGCAGAGCAGUUUUCAGAAGAACCACACAAGACUCAGGGGGAGAACGACGGUUUGAAGAGGUGCCUAGAUGAUGACAACACGACAGAAGAUACUGGGAAAAAGAGAAUGAAAACAGAACCUGGCGAGAAGGUACAAGAAAAUGCUUCUCUAGGUAUUCUACAAUCUUAUCAGCCCACAUUGAGUUACAGGGAGACGUUCCAUUACAUUCGAGCUCCCCUCCCCCCUCCCCCCACAACCUCAUCCCCCUUACCCUAACCACCCCUCCCUAGAAUGGCAAGAUUUGGAUAGAGCCUGUCAAUAUAUUUUUUCAAGGAGACUUCAAAUUUUUUUUUCUGCGAUGCAACUUUCAAAGGUGCCGGUGAAAAAAUGAUAGUGUCAAAAUGUUGCCUUCCACAGAGAGGUUAGAUGAAAAAUUGUCUUCAACUUUUGGUAUGAUUUAUGUCACUGAUCUGCAUAUGCUCUAGAUCUAGCUUUUGAUGAAAAUUCAAAUUACUGUUAUUUCACAGGCUGCUGAUGAUGAGAAGAAUGAAAAAACCUCCAUACUUCCAAGAAAAAAGAAGUGUGCACUGCUUUUGUCUUAUUGUGGGGCAGGUUACAAUGGAAUGCAAAUGUACGUAUCACUGCAUGGUGUUGAUGAUCAGGAAAAAAAUUACAAUUUUGUUUAACAUACAAGAUUUAAUUUGUACUGGAAACUGCCCUGCAUAGCUGAUGCAACUGAUCCCAGUUUUUUUAAUGGAAUGAUAAGGACUACAUGUAUGGUCACUAUUUUGUCUCACUUGUAGGAUUUUAAUCUUGUUGUAUAAUAUUUGUAUUGAGGUUGCUAUAUGUUCAGCAUCACCCCAGAGUAAUGGUUGUGGUAUACAAAAGUGUUCAGGUCCACUACACGACUUUCAACACAACUUUGUUCUCACAAGAUGAGUUGUGUUUUGUUGUUGUGGACUAGAGAAAAACACAGCCCUAAUCUUUGCCAGGGAGUGUUUUAAUCAGUAACUAUCUGGUGACAAAAAGGGCAACAUUCAUCUACUUUGUUUUCAAAGAAAGACCACAGGGAAAAUGCACAGGAAGUAAACAGAAGAUGGUUGAUAAUAGAGUAGUGUACUCAAACUUGUAUGAAAGUUUUUUAUUUUAAUUAGCUAAUUCAGGGCAUGAAAUUAAUUUUUUUUUCUGAUAGCCACUUGGCUCCUAAAUUCUUCAAAGUGGUAGCCAAUUCAAAAAAAGUUGGUCACCAUUUUCAAACAAAACUUUUUGAUGUUUUAGAGACCCUCCAAAAUUAAGUUAGGGGAAAGAUCUUUUGUGGGGAAAAUGGACACGAGGAGGGAUGAUAUACAACUCUCAAGCUCAAAAUUCAAGAAGAUGGUUUGAUCGAGAUGCAUGUGCUGCGUUUUGGAAACAAACUUAACAAGGAAGUGAUUUAUCUUUCAAAUCUUUUUAAUUCACAAUAUCUCUUGGUAAGGUUUUUUGAAACAUUCUAGUUUAAUCGACUAGUCUUAGGAUUUGGAUGCCAAAGGGAAAAAUUUAGUCGCAUUGGCGCCUGUAUUAGGCGCAAUUUCACGCUCUGUAAUUUAAUUAUGUAUUUUUCUUGUCUAGUAAUCCUGGUGUUAAAACUAUUGAACAAGAACUGGUCAAUGCCUUGUUUAAUGCUGAAGCAAUAACUGAAGAUGGAAAAGCAAACAUGGGAAAGGUUGGUCAUGGAUGACUCUCUGCAAAAUGCUUAUCUCUUUAACCUCUAAGAGUGACUGGUUUCUAAUUUCUCCUAACAGCAUCACCCUUGAAUCAUAUGUAAAGGUUGUGAGAAUAAAGGAACUUUGUCAGCAAUUUGCAGAGCUCCUGAUUGUCUAACAAAUUCUCUUUCUCAGUGCUUUAGGAAAUGUAAAGAGAACAGUUUGGAGAAUAUGAUUAUCAAUGUUAGGUUGUAUAGGGUUAAUUGUAUCAGGUAAUCAGACUUAAUGGAAAUAUAGAAAUUGUAAUUUGUACGUCAUUGCAGACAAAGGAUGCUGGGUUUAGUCUUUUUCCAUUUCUGUAAGUAGAUACCAUUUCUUUAUUACCAGCAUGAUAGAAGUUGCUGAGGAAUAAAACAGUAACUUUAUUUCUGUAUUUUUUUCACUCUAGAUGUCCUUUCAACGAUGUGCUAGAACAGACAAAGGUGUUUCUGCCGCAAGACAAGUUGUGUCUUUAAAGAUAAGUGUUACAAUAGUUUUUUGUAAUUACACUGUACACUGCUGUGGGAACCUGUGAUUCUCUGUGAGCACCAAGUUUAUGACCACCUCUUCCUAUAAUUGUAAAACAUAAAAGAAUUAAGACUGGGUUUCAUUUAACCCUUUAACUCCCAUGAGUGACCAAGACAGAAUUUCUCCUUACAAUAUGAAUACAAUGUUAAGCAGACAAGUGAUGAGAAUAAAGAAAAAUAUCAUUUAUGGGAUUAUUAGUUGAUCCAAUACCAACUUCUCCUAACUAACAUCAUAAGAAUUGUAUGUCAGACAGUAAGGAGAAUUACUACAAACUGAGAUCUUGGAAUUGAAAGGGUUAAGCAGCCAGCUGUCCCUGAAACCCUCUUACAUAAAUGUGGAAUGUAUACUGAAUGACUGUUAGUCAAACUGGACUUCAUAGGAGCAAUUAUUAUCACCAGCACAAUGUACUUUGAAAAUUUAUUUCUCCAUUUAGACAGUUCUUUUUGAGUCAUUUCUUUGGAACUGUGCAUGUACACCUACUGAGUAGCAGAUUGCUUUAUGGAGUACUUGCUGUGUACAAAAAUUAUUAUAUGUACUGGACCAAAUGUUAACUGUUUUUCCUCUCUGUGUGUACAUGGUACCGUUGCAGAGUCUUUUGCCAAAGAUUAACGAGCAUCUUCCUCCUGAAAUAAGAGUCAUUGGUGAGUCAACUUACAGAACCCUUGUUAACCUUUAGAGUCAUAUACCAUAUUUACUUGUGUAUAAACACCAACAUAUACAAAAGAUUUUCAUUAGACACGAGUCAUACACAAAGACCUGGGUAAUUCAAUCCAAGAGUCAGUAAUAAGCUCUAUACAUACCCAUGUAAACAGGAUAUGGUAAGUAAACGACAGAAAAUUUCACAGAAGUUUCUUAUACUUGUUAAGUUUCGCACUUUAGAUGUUCCUCAAAUUGUUUUUUGGCAGCCAUGAAAAGAACAACCAGAGGCUUUGAUGCUAAAGGAAACUGCUCAGCAAGGACAUAUGAAUAUCUCACUCCUACUUUUGCUUUUGCCAAAGAUUAUGUAAGUCUUUUUUUGCUUUCAAGAAGAUAUUCUCUCUCUUGAUAAAAAUGUCAAUAAGAAUCAACCAAUUUGUUGGUCUUUCAGUUAGUUGAUCUGUCAGUCAAUCCACCUAAGUUAGUUGGUCAAUCUGUUAGUCAGUCAGUCAGUCAGUCAGUCUCUUGGUCAGUCAGUCAGUCAGUCAGUCAGUCAGUCAUUCAUUCUCUCAGUCAGUCAGUGUUACACAUGCUGAAUUUGUGUCUGUUGACAGCUGCAUAUCUUCCUUUCCAUUUCCAGCAAAGAACCACAAAUUACAGAGUGACUGGUAUGUACUUAAGUUGUGUAAAAGGUUCAGCGACUGUUUCAUUCAUCAAAUUUUUUUGCUGUAAUCAAUGGCUACUUCUUGGUUGAAUUCAAAGCAAAUUAAGCUAAGUAUUUGCUUGGAAGUCUGCCUUGAAGUGUGGUAUGUUUGUCAAUGUUAAGUUAUUUUUAUUCUCAUCUUUUUAAACAGAUGAGAAAAUUGACGAGGUUAAUGAGAUCCUUUCCAAGUUUGUUGGAACACACAAUUAUCACAAUUUUACAUCAGGCAAGUGAGUACAAGCACUUGUCUCCUAAUGGAAACUAUGAAUAAUUUGCAGUUUUUCAAUCCAAGAAUCAAAUUUGUAUCAUUUAUUAUCAUUAAUAAUCAAUUGAUACCGGAUAUAUCAUGUAUCAUCAAUGAAUGAAUGAUACUUUUUGACAAGAGAGCAUUUUAACCAAGUGUCGUGACCAAUCAAAGUAUUCAGUCUUCAGAAAGGAAAAUGUCAGAAGGAGUCAAUAUGAACUCAGAAACAAGCAAACUCCCCCCUCUUCCCAUAAUUUAUUGUCGUUUCUACAAGACUGGUUCAGAGGGUGUCAUGCGAGCCUCCUGGAACAAUCACAGAUAAGAGUGCAGCUAAACUGCUGCAAUCAUGAACUGCUUCCGACCCCCGUUUGAAAACGGCUUCGAAUUUUAAAAUCCUUUUUAGGUCGUUUUGCCAUAAUAGAAUUUUGUUUCGAAUUUCAGGAGGUUUAAUGAUGCCAGUGCUCACAGAUAUAUCAUGAAGUUCAAGGUAACAUUUGCGACAACAAACUGGUAACAGUUUCACAUAAUUAUAAGCUCGGGCAGUAGAAGGCUCGGAAGACUCACCUCAGUGUCUUUAUCUUUAUUUAUUAUCUUUAUUUAGUGUGGUAAACCUUUUGAGGAAAGCGGAAAAGAAUUCAUCACGAUUUCUGUUAAAGGACAAAGUUUCAUGCUCCAUCAGAUACGGAAAAUGAUUGGUAAGGCUUGCUCGUGAAUCCUAAAGCCCUCCGUUUUUGAGUUUAGAGAAAUCUUUUAUUUAAUUUUAAAGACCCUCCGUUUUGAGUUUAGAGAAAAAUCUUUUAUUUAGUAUUGAAUAAAAGUGUUUUUGCGUCGGUGGACUGCAGGUAAUUUCGCUUUACGUCGCUUUGCUGACGAUUGAUCUAGAAACGCUCGAAACGUCUCCCUUUACGGUGGCUUAUCCACCAAUCAUAUGUAACCUAACCUUGCUUUCUUAUUGGUUUUGACAUUUUGCGCGCGCCACCCUCUCCACCAAUUAGAUCCAGAAUGAAAAUCGAUAACGAGUGUGUGGUAAGCGUUUUCCCGCGCUGGAAGCACGUAGUGUGUUUUUACUACGGAUUCUCAUCGGAUCCUUAUGAUUUUUUCUUGGCUUUGUUUGACCAUUUUAGUAUCACGCAAUGCAAUCGGAAUGUGUUCUCUAAUUGGAAGGGGUGAAGAUGACCUGAGGUUGGGAUGUAAAGCGCAGCUGUUGGCCUUCUUGGUACUGUUUUUGUACAUUUUUUUAAACUACAUGUGCCAUUUGAUAUCGUUUGUAGGCCUUGUCUUGGCGAUCGUCCGAGGUGUGGCUCCUGUUAGUACAAUUGAACUGGCCAGGAAAGAGAAAAAGGUACUUGCAUGCAUGUGUCGUUUUAGAUCUAGUUCAGUCGUUUUAUAGUUGGAUUUGAUCCCUGAACUCAGACACUCUUGAAAUGCCUUUUUAUUGUUAUCUUCAGGUUGACAUCCCGAAAGCCCCUGCGGUUGGACUGGUUCUUGACGAGGUAAGCCUCGCUCUAGGAAUAUUUUAUACAUUGACCUUUAUCGGAAGCAUUUAACCUGCUUAUUGCUCUAUUACCUGUCGCUUUUUAAUGGAAAAUGGUCUUCGCUUAUUCGUUCCUUCUCAUCCUCUGCUACCUUUUCUCAGAGUAACAUCUCAGAAUAUGCCAUUGUGGUUGGAAUUAAGCCAAAAACUUUAUGUGCUACUUUCUUGGCACUUUCACGAAUUCCGUAGCUUUGCAAGUUUUUGCACGUUAAGUUCUCAAAUAUUGCACUCAUUGUUAGCCAAUGACACUGUCUUAUUGCUGCAAUUUCCUUCUUACAUUAUACUGAUACAAAUGAAAGUAAAUUUAUUUCCUCCUCCAUUUUAAGUGACUAUUGUGUUCAUUUAGGUCCACUUCGAUGCCUACAACCGUCGCUAUGGCUCUGAUGGGCUACACGAGACGUUAGAAUGGGAAGACAACGAGGUUGGUUCGAAUAACUUGAAGAUUACCAAUAUAGCAGUUUUGAAUUGAGCGACCAAAGUUAUCGCAACUGCCAAUCAUAACAAAGGUUUAUAUCAUCAUUGACCAAUGGGAACUCAGAGUAAAAAUAGGCAACCUGCUUGAAGCGCGGGAAAACGCGAGUGACCAAGUCAUAAUUGAUUUUGGUUUUGCAUCUGAUUGAUUGAGAGAGUGGCGCGAGUUUCCUAGACCAAUCACAGCGCGAAAUAAAGCAAAACCAAAGCAAUCCUGGAUUACUCUCGUUACUCGGUUUAAAAUUGCUCCUUGUCUUGACUCAGGUGAUGACUUCCGCUCAGGUUGUCGACACGUCAAUCGUUGUCACCGAAAACAGUCGUUUUUAGGACCACUCGCCUAAACAACAGUUACUCUUGGUGUGAAACCCUUUAUGCGUAGCAAACUUGACACGAGUAUUAUCGAGCGAGGAAAGGGAUAAAAAUAAGACGAAAAUGGAAGUUGAGCUGAUUUAUUCCAGUUUUACAUUGAAUUCUUUGUAUGUUAUCUUUUCAGGAGGAAAUCAAGAAGUUUAAACACCAAUAUAUCUACAAACAUAUUAUCGACACAGAGGCUCGGGAACAUUCGUAUCCUUAUGUACAACAACUCAAACGGGACGAAUUUGUUGAAUUUUAAAGGAGAACAAGCUUCUAAGGGUCAUACAUAGCACAAGCUGCCUUUACUAAAAGUUUUUAGACGGCAAUACGUUAGGUGUUUUUUUUAUUACUCGGGACAAGAGCACUAAUGCAAAAAGAAGCCCCACUUAGAAAAAAAAGUUUAUUCUUUUGAUCAGGGAUGUCAAACUUUGUGAAAUUUUGAAAGAGACGUCAGUUGUGAACUGCUCUUAAUUGCAAUCAUGAUUUGUUUUUUGUUGUUAUUUUUUAUCUGGGCUUUGACACACAAUUUUAUCUGACGAUUAUUGCUGACCUCAUUUUCAGAACUGUAGUUUCACAAAUGCUUUUGAAUUAAAUGAAAACAAUUGUAGUUAGUUUGUGGAGUGUACGUGAUUCGGAGUUUGAGUUAGCAAACAUUAAAAGAAGAUUAAGAUAGUUUGGCGGUACAACACUGUUCGAUUGAUUGUUUUGAAAUGAACAAAUCUUGCGUUGUCACAUCGGCCAAUACAGAGAUUUAUCAAGAAGCCAGUCAGAAAUUAAACUGAAAACAUGAAAAUGCUGGAAGCGCGGUAAAUUCCCACUUUUGUACCUGAUUGGUUGCGAAAGUGGCGCGAGGCUUUUUAAGACCAAUCCUACGGCAGUUACGAAUUACUUAAACACUCCCUGAAGAAUUGGUUUAUACUGCGUGAAGGUGAUCAAAAAAUCUUCUGACCCCUUAACAGAAUUAGUACAAAAUGAAAUGGUUGUCAUGUAAUAAACCCUUGACUAACUACUAGAAUGAUGAAGUGGCUUAGGUCUUUACCAGACCAUACGUACACGGACGAGAGAAUGGAGGAGAUUGGCACUAAAAAAGACACCAAUAUCGCCAAACAAAACACAACUGAUUCAAACAACGCUGUACCUCAUGACCACUCUGGUAAUCAGGGGGAGAGUAGCGAUACAAAACAGAUUACCGAGGGAGGGGAUAGUGACAAGAAGGAAGAUGCUGAGGCAACAGUUGUUUAAGAAUAAAUGCAAUCGUCACGGUUGUUGGGGAAGCAAAUGUUGUAUAAUUUUAAGAAAAACAAUUAAAG